AUGGGGUUGGUUGAAACAGCUCUCGAGCAUGUCACCAUCAAGGCCGUUGCCAUCUUCGGAGUGGUAGCGUGGUUCCUAUGGAUUGUUGUACAGCGCUUCGAUGAAGCUGUGCGCCUGCGUCGUCUGGCGCCUGGUACUCGCGGGCAGACACUGAAUGCUCGUCUUCCCGGUGGCAUCGAUUUCAUCUUCAAGGCUGUCCGCGGAGCCAUGACACAUAAGAAUGUCGACUUUUGGAUAGAUAUGCUUUCAAAGGUAAAGGGCUGGACCGGCGAGAAGAGGAUCCUCGGCGCCCGCAUUGUCUUCACCGCCGAACCCGAAAACAUCAAGGCCAUCCUGGCCACCCAGUUCUCCGACUACGGCAAGGGCGAGCCUUUCCACGAGGAGUGGCACGAGUUCCUCGGCGACAGCAUCUUCACCACCGAUGGUGACCAGUGGCACGCCAGCCGACAGCUCAUCCGCCCCCAGUUCGUCAAGGACCGCGUCAGCGAUUUGCAGUGCUUCGAGUCGCAUAUCCAGACCCUUUUCAAGGCCAUGGCCAACGGCGGUGCUCUCGACGGCGAGGGCCAGAAGGUCGACAUGAACGCCGUCGACGGCAAAGUUAUUGACAUUUCGGAGCUGUUCUUCCGUUAUACCCUCGACGUUGCCACUGACUUCCUGCUCGGCCAAGACGUCAAGUCUCUCACUACCAUCAAACAGGAAUUCGCCGAAGCCUUCAACGAGGUACAGCGAGUCCAGAACAUCAUUGCCCGCGCCACCAAGCUCAGGCGCUUCGUCCCCCUCUUCUCCUUCCGCGCCGGUCUCAAAGUCAUGAACGCCUUCGUCAACAAGUUCAUCGAGCGCGCUCUCCGCCUCAGCCCCGAGGAGCUGGCCUCCAAGUCCAAGUCCGACCAAGGUUAUACCUUCCUCCACGAACUUGCCAGCUUCACCCGCGAUCGCACCGUUCUGCGUGACCAGCUGGUCGCCGUUCUCCUCGCCGGCCGUGACACUACCGCCUCGUCACUUUCCUGGGUCAUCUACGAGCUCGGUCGCCACCCCGAAGUCGUGCAGAAGCUGCGCGCCGAGAUUAUCGAGCAGGUCGGUCUCGACCGCGAGCCCACAUACGCCGACCUCAAGAACAUGAAGUACCUCCAGAACGUCAUGAACGAGACGCUGCGCCUGUAUCCCGUCGUGCCGUUCAACGUUCGCCUGGCGCUGAAGGACACGACGCUGCCCGUCGGCGGCGGACCAGACGGCACCUUGCCCCUGGCCGUAUGCAAGGACACUCCCAUCGGCUACUCGACACUGCUCAUGCAGAGGCGUGAGGACCUCUACCCGCCCGUCUCCGAGAAGUUUGCACACCCCAGCAAGUUCUCCCCCGAUCGCUGGUUCCACUGGCAGCCGAAGCCGUGGACGUACAUCCCCUUCAACGGCGGGCCGCGUAUCUGCAUCGGACAACAGUUUGCUCUGACGGAGAUGGGAUACACGCUGUGCCGUCUGUUCCAGCGGUUUGAGAGGGUCGAGAGCUACAUGGACGACAUUGACGGCGGAAACCCCACGCUCAAGGCCGAGAUUGUGCUGCAACCGGGCGACGGCGUCAAGGUUGCUUUUUGGCGGGCGAAGCAGGACUGA